GAGUCUAUUGGACUUCUGAAAAGAGUUGUCUUGUUGAAUUUGAAAGGAUGCGAGAACCUUAAGAAUCUUCCAAAAAGCAUUUACAGCUUAAGGUCUCUUGAAAGUCUUGAUUUAUCUGGCUGCUCAAACGUUGACAAGUUAUCAGAAGAAUUGGGAAACAUGAUAUCUUUGACAGAGCUGCGAGCGGAGGAAACCGGUAUUAAGCAAUUACCAUCUUCCUUUGGCCUUUUGAAGAAUCUGAAAAUUGUCUUAUUAUCUGGAAGUACAGGACACUCAUCAAAAUCUAGGUUGUCACAUUUCUUGCCGUGGAUGUCACCAAAAAGAUCGAACCCCAUAAGUUUGUUGCCUCCUUCUGUUUCUGGGCUGCGUUCUUUGACAGCACUAGUACUCCAUGAUUGCAACUUGUCCGAAGAUGGGAUUCCCAAUGAUUUGGGGGACUUAGUUUCACUCGAGGCUUUGUAUCUUUCAAAAAACAACUUUCGGAACCUACCUCAGUCCAUCGGUCGCCUUCCUAAAUUAGAUCGUUUGAGUUUGAGUGGGUGUACCACCCUUCAAUCUAUUUCAGAACUCCCCGCAAGUUUACGAGACUUGAAUGCAAAUGGCUGCACAUCAAUGGAAAGUCUCACAAAUCUCUCAAACCUAAAAGAACUAAGAAAUUUACGUCUUGCUAAGUGCCACAAACUGGUUGAGAUUAAUGGCUUGGAGAGUUCGAAAUUUACAUUAUACAUUCAAAUGCAAGGAUGCAACAAUUUAUCUCAUGAUUACAGGAUGAGCCUUCUCCAGUCAUUGACCAUGGGUGCUUGUUUGGGUGAUCUUAUCGUUUUCCUCCCUGGUACUGAAGUUCCAAAUUGGUUUAGCCAUCGGACGACUGGAUCUUCAGUAUCUUUUCAUGUACCUUCGCUUACAGAGGGUGAAGUCUGCAUUUUACUUUUUUGUGCUGUUCUUGCAUUCGAUGACGCAACCAAACCGUUUGUGAAUAAACCUUUCGUGAGAAUGAUUAACAAAACUAGAGGCGAAAUUUAUGAUUGUUACCCAUCAAUCUGUGUUCUUCCUGUAACUGUUGAAGAUUAUUUGUUGGUAUUCAAGAUACCGGUUACAAGUAAUCAAGAAGGUGUACAACGACGUUUGGAAACCCGUUGAAGUGAAAAGGUGUGGAAUUCAUCUGCUA